GGAGUGGGGACGCGCGCUGCUUCCGGCGGGGCGGGGAUGGCGGGCGCUGCGCGGCCGGGGCCCACGUGCCUGCUGCUGGGGGCGACGGGCGUCGGCAAGAGCCUGCUGGGGAAGCGGCUGCGCAAUAUCCGGGCGAGCUGGGGGUCCCGGGGCGCGGGGCCGGGGUGGGGGUGUGCCGCUCGCUUCUGUCCUGUCCUUAACGCACCGGCACAGCUGUGCUCCCGGGACGGGGCCAAGGAGUUGGGCGAACCCCCGGCCACGCUGCCCACGGUGGGCACGAACCUGACGGACCUGACGCUGCACAGGAGGGUGACGCUGAGGGAGCUGGGCGGCUGCAUGGGCCCCAUCUGGCCCAGCUACUACGGGGAGUGCAGCGCCGUGCUGUUCGUGAUCGAUGCCGCCAACCCGACCCAGGUCUCCUCAUCCUGCGUCCAGCUGCUGUCCCUUCUCUCCGCAGAGCAGCUCGCCGCUGUGCCCGUGCUGAUCCUCUUCAACAAGAUUGACCUGCCCUGCUACAUGUCUCUGGUGGAGAUGAAGUCGCUGUUCCGCAUGCAGGACAUCGUCUCCUGCGCUAUGCAGCCCAUCACCAUUCUGGAAACCAGCGCACGGGAUGGCACCGGCCUGGCUGAUGUCCUGCAGUGGCUUCAGACCACCCUCAGGGACCCUAGCUGACCUGGCCCCAGCACCUGUGCAGUGUGACGGGCUGAAGGCAGGCAGCAGCUCCUCAGUACUCCAUACUAAAACUGAUACAUAUACCCAAGGCAUCUUUGUGUGCAUCUGCAGCAGAUCUCUGUCUCCAAGCAAUCCUGCAGCACUUCUCGGGGUGCCUCAGAGCGCACUGCCCCUUCUCUCUACAGGCUGUGAGCCCCCAGUGGAAGGAGUACCACCUGCACGGGCCAUGCUGGCUGCUUGCAUCCAGAGCAAGAUGGAGCUCUGAAAACGGAUGGUCCCUGAAGGCAGGACUGUCAGCUCUGGAGCCACACAAAGGUGAAAGGAGAGGGUUUUGCAUUGUACAGGCGCUGUUGCAAAUCAUCAGUUACGCAGCCGAAAAUCAGACAUGUUUAUUUACACAGGUGAAAAGCAGAGCCCUGCAUGCUGGAGUCUAGCAAGGGGCAAAUGGAUAUCCCAUCAAUGUGCUGCUUGCAGGAUAUGGAGUCAGGCUGCAUCCUCACCCCAGCUGAGCAGAACCUGCUAGCAUGAGCACGGAGCUGGGUUUGGAGGUAGCAUAAAGGUGGAGUGAGAGGGCCCUCCGCCCCCCUGUGCUGGUACCUUCUGGGGCAGGAGUGGUCCCAGCUGCUCUGACCCCAUGUGCCCUGCACCAUCCCUAGCUCAGUGGGAUGACCCAUGGGAGUAUGCAGGAAGACGGGCUUGGGGGUGUUGUGCUGAUGCACAGCACUGCAGCUGCCUCUCCAGUGCUCACUAUGGUUCAAAGAACUGUAGAAGAUGAGGAAAAUUUUUUGUCUGAAGCAGCAUGAUAAGCUGAUUUGUAAGAUUUGCUUCUAUGCUGUUUGCAAACUCUUGUUCAAUGGCCUGGUAGGUGUUCUGUGGGGGAUUGUGUAUCACGGAAGUGUCUGUCGAGACGACCCUCUCCUGCAGCCCUGGCACGCCCUGCAGCAGCUUGCUCAGGCACUCAUUCUCAGCACAGUUUCCAUGCGGCCAUUUGACGUUUUCCCUGUUGUCACCCUCAAAUGGCUGGAAGGCCACGUGAUACAUCAUCUUGCAGUUCACGCAGGGUGGCUUUUCUGUGAAGGCUCCAUUGCUGUAGCAGAAGGCUCGGCACUUCACUUCAUCAGGGAAGACAAUGGCCUGAUUGUCCUGCCCAUGGUACACUGCAAACGCCACCGCCUUGUGCCACAUCCUUAGGCACAGGAUGCUAAUCAUGAUCUUCUUCUCCGUCAGCCCUUUGCAGGAAAGAGAUGCUCCGUAAAAGAGAGGGAAGCCUGCUUCUUUCUGGGGUUCUUUGUAAAAGCUGUAAGCGACAACUGCGGCUCUGAAGAUGAACUCACUGGGCUCCAGGUUGGGUACUUGUUUCUUCAUUGCUGUUUGCACAGCACUAUUAAAUUCAUGCAAAAAAGA